CAUGGAAUAUUUCUAUGCCGAGUGCUAUGCCGAACCAAGCAACUAUUUGCACGUAGUGCUCAGUUAUCUGCGGCCUGUCGGUUAACGCUCACAUUUAAUAGUGUGUGAAACUUUAUUUGUUCUGCUUUACAAUGUCAAAGAAAGAAAAACAGUUUUUAAGUGAGUUUAUUGAGUUGUACAGAUCAUUCCCGUGUCUCUGGAAGAUAAAAUCCAAGCGGUACAGUGAUCGUAAUGCGAAACAACAGGCUUAUGAAAGUAUGAUUGAAAAAAUGCGGGAGUUCGAUGUAGGAGCAACCAAAGAAACUGUAGUAAAAAAAAUUAACUCUUUAAGAACCGCCUACAGGAGAGAAUUAAAAAAAGUUAUUGAUUCGGAGAGGUCUAGUGCUGGUGAAGAAGACGUGUACGUUCUUCAUUUGUGGUAUUUUGAUUUGCUUAACUUUAUACGGGAUCAAGAAAUUCCACGAAAAACGCAAACCAAUGUUGAAGAUGAAGAUGAAGAAUCAGAACUUCAUCAAUUUGCGGCUGAGCGUGAUGAAGCAACUAGUGAAUCAGGAUUAUUCUCACCAAGGGAGUCGCCAAGUAUUUCUCCACCCUCUACACCACACUCUUUGACGUUGGGACCAUCCACAUCCACUCAGACAACUAGAACCAUGAAACGGCUGCUGGAUAAAUGCGAUGAUAUAUUACAUGUGGCCUGCGGCCGUUGAAGACAAAUUUACAUUAAUAGCCAAAACAUGGGCGGUGAAGUUAAAGGCACUUGUUCCACUUCAAGCGGUUUAUACCGAAAAAUUAAUUAAUGAUAUUUUUUACGAGGCCCACUUAGAAAAUUGACUCCUAACUCUGCUUUUCAAACCUGCAAAUCGGUUACAGAAUCAAACAUAUUUUCAAAACAUAGAGCCUUGUCGGCACCAGACUCAGCCAUACCUACAACCACAGACACUUCAGCACCAUACGCAACCGUACAAUCAACCACCUCACGGACAACAAUGGCCAGUGUCAACUUAUUCGGAACUACAGCAAAAACAAGCAUAUCUACACAUGCCGGAAGAAGUCAAUCUCACUUCAUGUCUACCCCAUUCACCAGAGCAGCAGAAUGAACUCAGAAACAAAGCCACCCCUACUGCAGAAUGAACCCAGCAAUCAAAAAAAGGGUGAGAGCUCAGUGUCAACAUACUUUCAACAUUUUAAAGAUGUUUAACUUUUGUUGUUCUUUUUUUUCUUGGAGAAAGUGCUU